AUGACCUGUAAAUUGUCCACAGAGGAGGAAUGCUAUCACUGCAUGGCUAGCUUGGUGGCUUCGAAGGAGAAGAUGUUCAUCACGCAAACGAAGCUACACAACGAGGUCACCUGGAAGACUGUAAUGCAGAUCGCCAAGAAACAUGCCAAGUCGGCCGCACAGCACCUCUCGCGGCUGUCGGGCGCCAUCGGCCCAGAGCGCAUCUACUCGGACUGGCAGUGGUGGAUCCUGGCCGCGCUGCCCUUUCCCCAUCUGGUGCGCGUGCUCGACUGCUUCUUCAACGAGGGGAUCAAGGUGUUCUACAGGGUGGCGCUGGCCAUCCUCAUCCAGUUCCACAAGCACUCCACCAACACGAACUCGGAGUGGUACGCGGAGGCCACGAAGAAUGGAGUGGACCACGCCAUCGACAAGUUCUGCAGGAACAUGCCCUCUUCGCCCACCAAGCUUCUGAGAACUGCUUUCAGCAUAAGAGCAUUGAGUUCACAGUACAUAUCGCGGGUGUUCAUAAAGACGGAGAUGACGCUGAAGUCGAAGCAGGUGAUAACGGGCUCCCGGCUGGUGCGAUCCCGCUCCUCGGACAACCUGCCCACCAGCCAGUCGCAGGUCAACAUACAGAUGAUGUCCCACACGCUGACCAUACGCGAGAGAAUGUCUGAGGAAACGUGCAAACAGAUGGUAUCGUACACGACAGCAUUAGGCGUGGCUUUGGCUUUUCUAUACCAUAAAAUCCCAUUCGAUUGCGUUCCUAACACGACUAACUCCAAAACGAUCGGACACAAUCACAGAUCCGACGGCUCACAUUCGCCGGGCCCGCGCGCCCUAUCGAUGGGCGUUUACCCAAUCCAAGCGAUCAAGUCGCAGAUUCUAGACCACAGCGAAAGCCCACGGUCCUCCCACCUGGCGCUGUGGUUCCCAUUCCCUAACGCCGUGUUCAGGGACCAACGCCAGCACUCCUCCGACCUCAGGCGCAAGCUGUUCACGCUGUGGUCUUGGCUGCCAGUUCGCAUCACCAUGUACCAACCGGUGCUACUGUACACCACUGAGGAGCACGGCUGCUCCCUUACCACGUUCUACGUGCGCGUCGAGCACCACGAGCCGACCUUGCUCAUGAUUAAGACCUGCAACAACGAGGUGUUCGGUGCGUAUUGCUCGACGCGAUGGUUCGAACGAAACCAGAAGGACGAGCGCGGCAAUCGCCAGGCGUACUUCGGAACAGGAGAGACAUUCCUCUUCAGCCUGUACCCGGAGCGCGCGAAGUACCCGUGGGUGGGGUGCUCCGCUGGGGCGGACGGCAAGGGCGAGGAGCAGCGGGUCGCGCACGGCUCCGAGCUGUUCAUGGCCGCCGACUCCAAGAUGAUCACAAUCGGCGGCGGCGACGGCCAAGCGAUAUGGAUGGACGAGAACAUAAGGUUCGGCAAGACUGACCGCUGUUCCACCUUCAACAACCCGCCGCUGUGCCCGAGCGGGGACUUCGAGAUCAGGGUCUUGGAGGUGUACGGGUUCUCGGGCGCA